AUGUCACGCCGGGUGUCCUACCAGCAGCACAGGGCCACCCUCGACUCUUUCAGGGAUCCCUCGCGGAACAGAUUCAGCCAUGGAAGCGUGGCCGAGAGCGAGACAGACUUGGAGUCGAUAUUCUCGAGUACCACAUACCAGUCUCACGACUCAUCACCUUACCCUCUACAGCCUUUGCUACAUCCACCAUUCGAAUCGACAAGCCGAUCCAAUUUUGACAAUCUCGCACGAGAGUCAUCCCCGUUCUCUCCCGGGCGACCGUAUUCUUCCUCUCCCGGCCCCACUUAUCGCAAACCUCGACGAGCCUCUAAUCUGGGACCACUACCAACUGUAGAAUCCAAUAACAAUCCUGGUGUGUCGGCGCUGGGCCUCGAGAUCACGCCGGAAGGUGUUCCCACAGAGUCUCAUCUCCCAGUGGCUGCUCAGCAGAGUAACCCCAAACGUGAUAGAAGACGAGCAAUCACAGCAGAACGGUCAACUCUCACUGGAGGAACAUUUGAAUCGCCAUUACGACUCUGGAUACGAUGGAUGACUUGGCGGGGCUGGGCAGGAUGGACGUUGUGUGUGAGCCAGGUGGGCGCCGUGGUAAUCAACUUGAUAUCGGGGCAACUGUCCGGGAGGUUUGCCCAAUUCAAGCCUGGAGAUUGGGUCGUGGAGGCUCUACGCGCGCUUAUUUGGCGGGUGGCAGUAUGGUCAUGGGCAAGAGAUGAAGGUCAGCGCGGCGGCCGGAGUCUGCGUAGUCAAAUCACCAGUAUACUCACUAUAAACCUGUCUCCUCUGAUAUUACCCGUUGACCAUAUUCUCGCCCUGAGCUCGACAGUCGCUUCCUUGAGACUUCUUUCGUCCGGCCACGAUCUCUCCGCUGCCGCUAUCGCUCUAUCAACCUGCAUCCUAUCCGCAAAGACCUGGCCGUACGCUUUAUCAGUAUGGGGAUAUCUUGUUGGAAAGUCAAUCUGGAUGGGAGGUCGUCAACAGAUGCGGUUAUCCAUCAACGCCUUGCUUGUCGUCAGCCCGCUCUUGGCAGCAUAUACAUGCUAUGUCAGAAAGCGCAUCAUCUACUCCAUCGACGUUCUCCUAAGCGGGUUGCUCAGUGCACCCGGACCGCUAUCGUCUGAGUUCUUGAUACCUCUGUUGGAAGUCUUGCCCCUCAAAGAGUGUAUCGCCUAUUCCGAUGGGCAACACACAUGGCACACUGUUCUGAGGACGAUACAGGCGUAUAUCAGCCGGCACAGGCUACUCCUCACAGGAAACCUCAUCGGCGCCCUAGCCCCUCUAGCCGUCCUCCUCUAUUCCUCUUACCCCUUCCAGCCACCCCGUCAACCCAGCGCUCAUCAGAAAUCAUCACCCAGGCGCCCGCCAAUGUACAACCUCAUCCUACAAACAAUGUUCAUAAUAUCCAGCUCUUCAUCUGUAUUCCUAGGUUCUCGGCGAGAUGUGGUGUUGCCAGUCCUUCCCUUGCUACUUAUGAUGUCUCUCAGAGGAGGAUCGGCGAGAGGGUCGGAAAGGCUCGGUGUAGGGGAUGACGUGUGGCUUGCUGGAUCAUGGGCUGCUUGUGUCGGGGCCGUCACUGCUGCCGAAGACUUGAGAAGCUUGCUGGUCAGCCUCGCUGCGGCUGUUUUGUGGUCAACACUGAUCGGGGCACCGAGUCAUCUUAUACUAGUCACAUCUCUGGCAGGUAUCGUGCGAUACGGCUCAAUGAUGGUACCAUCGAUUGCCUUAGCGUCCAACGUGGUCUUCACAUUGGCUGGCGUCGCUGGGUGGGCGUGGGGCAUGGAGAAGAUGGUCGAAUCUGCUUGGGCGCUUGGUGGAUUAAGCGGGAGACGUUCGACGACGAAAGGAAAGGACACGAGACCGAAAUGA